GUGAAUCUAUCACGCCAAAUAUAAUUUCAGUUCGGAAAACAAAAUAAGAAGUACCUACUUACCUAUGUUUCCAGGGAUUACUUAUUACAUUUACAUUAAAGCAAAAAUCUACCUUAUUGUUUUGAAAUUGUUCUAACUUUUAAGAAAAUAAGCUUAUGGUGGAUCAGGAAUCUAAUUGGCUGAUCGUACCUACUCUGGUAAUGCUUACGAAAUCCUUCCAUAGAAAAAAAAUUGGGAGAUUAAAACCUUGUUUGUAAGACAAUUUUAAUUUUUUAAAUGCCAUUCGACGUUUUACCGAUAUUCUUUUGUUCAAACUAGCAUGUUUGCUUGUCAAAGCAAUUUGUUGAUGAAUUCAAUAUUUUCUUCAAGAAUUCGGGUCUAUAAUGGCCCCAAUACGAUACAGUCUCCAUUAUGAAGAUUAUUCUGAACAUUUGAUGUCCAGAUUCGGAAAAUUAUUGCAGAUGCAAUCAUUGGUUGAUAUGACACUUAUGUGUAGUUCCCACACUUUGCGUGUGCACAAAGCUGUUCUUGCUGCAAGUAGUGCUUAUUUUCAGGAAGUUUUACAAAAACAAACUGGAGAGCCCCUAAUCAUACUGAAAAUGCGAUUCAGUGUGUUGAAAUGUCUCGUAGAAUUCAUGUACUGUGGAAAAACUCAAUGUCUAGAAGAAAACUUGGACGAACUUGUAUCAGCUGCUCAGUUCUUAAAGAUCAAAGGACUUUCUAAAGUGACAAAAGAAGGGUUGGGAAUUACAAAUCAGAGCGAAUUACCGGUCUUUACGCCACCUGUUGUAAUAAACCGACCGCCACAGUCACUCAUCGACUUACAUACCCAGGAGGACGUAAAGUCACAGCCACCAGCUCCACUGCCGGCACCCAUCACGAAUCCAGCUGUCGACUCUCUUUCACGUUCCAACAAGCAGGAUAUGGUGGUACGCAUACCAUUCGACAUUGAGAACGGCGGCAACUCGACGGCUGGUGUGGAUUACGUGGAAGGACCGCGCGCCAUCAAGCCCAGGAGAGGGAGACCCAGCGUAAGGCGUUCUGGUGGGUGGGAGACUACUGGCAUAUUGGGGAGAGCCGCAGAGCGCGCACUGAUGCGGCGAGAGCAAGACUCGCGCAAAGCCAUACACCAGCUGAAGCAUUUACAGACCAGGCAUAUGCAGGAUUACAUGGACAGGGUAUCUCUCUCGCAAGCAGUCAAUAGCAUUUGCGGAUCCGACAACACCAACAACCACAAUUAUAUUAAUCUCAAUAAUGAUCUUAUGUAUAUGGACCAGACAGUGUCCUCGAACGUUCUCGAUCCCACCAUUCCAUAUAAUAAAGAACGACCUAUUGAAAGCGAAACUAUAACGUCGAAUUAUGCCAACACUCCCAUGUGCAGUUCAGCCAGUGACUCAACUAAUAGUGGUAUAGGCACUGCAAUGUCUCAAUAUGUAAAUGCUCUUAAAAAUGCAGGAUUGCCAACGGACUUGCCUAUCUUAUUUGAAUCAGGAGACGGAUCUUAUAUUAAUGUCAACGAGCAAGUUCUUUUAGAUAUGGUGCAAAGCAGUGAAAUACAAUACGAGGUUAUAGAGCAACCAAAUAUUAUUGAGAAGGUAGCAGAUCCGAGUGAAAUCAAAAGUAUCGAUGAUCUCUCCAAAUCAAUAGAACGGGGAGAGAUGUUACUUGGAACAAAAAGCUACAAUACAUCUUCAAGUUUUAGUAAGGACACGAGUGAGUAUAGUCAACAAGAGGAAGCUAUCAAUAGCUUAAAUUCGAUCCUCCCUGAUAAUUUGGACUCAUUCGGCGAACAGCAAAAUUUUGUAGUUCUUGAUCCUGGUCUUCAAGAAAGUAAUCAUUCAAUGGACCAUGUGAAUACGCAUGAUUUUUCAGGGAUAGACAGUGACAUGCAAUUUUUCACAAAAUCUAUGAGUGAUGACGUUAAAAAAUAUUAUGAAGAGCAGCAGUUGAAUGAUGCUAGAGUGAUGGAACAAUUAUGCCCGGCGAGUACUUCUUUGGAUACCAGUUUUAGCAUGUCUUUACUUGAUACAAAAUCAUCGCAUAUAAGUGAAAACCUUUCCCAACAAUACAAUCCAUUGAAUCCAGAUGACGAUUUCGGUCUCCAAUUACCACAAAAUACUGAUGAUGCUCUAGACUGCCUUAUGACAACCCCAAAAGAGACAGAUGAGACUACAGAUUACACGGAUAACAAUCUGCUUAGUAAAGAAAAUGCCGAAAGAGACGAAAUAAUCAAAGAUCUCAUGAAUAUAGAAAGCAAUGUAAAUACGGUAGGUACAAAUUCCAAAAUAGAAAAUUUUAGUGAACAUUCACUGAAAAAUAUGGAGCUUGAAACUGAUAAUAAUACAAUUGAUAACGCCGAAGACUUAUCUGAAAAUAUAAAUUCCAGUGAUCUGCAAUGGGAUGCCAUGGAUAUUACUACUAAAGAAAAUUGCAGCGCUUCAAACGAAAAUAAAUCAAGCAAUUGUAAUCAAACUAAUGAUAUACCUGAAAAUCAAUUUCGAGAAUCUGUACUUGACUUAACAAAUUCGUUAAAAGAAAAAUCAGAUUGGGAAAACAUUAUGAAUGAUAAUAAUGGAAUUAUGAAUAAGGAAAACUGUUUUCCAAAUGAAAAUCCUGUAAACAACUCCAAUUUAGAGGACGACAUUCCUUAUGCUGUUGGGUUACAGCCUUUGAAAAAGGAUCAGCAAACGGAAGAUUUAAGUAUACACAAAAGAAAACAAUCGCUUGAUGUGGAUAUGUUAGAUAAUGUCGAUGCAAAGUGUUUGAAACGUAAGAUGAAAUAUAAGAAGUUGUGACAUUUAUAGUAUUAUUAUAAAUAUACCAAUAAAUGAAGAACAAAAGAGAUUUUAUUUUAUAAAUCAUGUUCAAAUAAUUUUUGUCUAUUUGGUUUGGUAGUUUGUUACUAAUCCACAUUUUUUUGCAGCAAAUUUGCUAAAUCUUGGUCCAACCAAAACUAGAUUAGCUCAUAGAAAAAUGUCAUAACGUUAAUGUCAAUUUGGACAUCAUUGUAUGGACUAUAACUAGUGAUAUCGAGGUUUAGCAAAAUUGCUGCAGGCGGUGGACCUUAAAGUCUAACACUUUAGCAAGCCCGGGCCAUUUCUGUGAUUUAUGGCAUACGCAAACAAGAAAGUAAAAGUACCGCGUACAAAAAGUCCCUCGAACAACCGAGGGACACCGAGAUCGGACUGAAGUACGGGGAUGUCCCCGAAAAAAUAGAACUCGUGUGACUAGGCGCAGCAUACAGGGAACUAGGCAAUAUAGUCUGCGCUGCGCGCUCGAUCCAAUCAUAGCAAAUAACCCUCUUAAAAAAGUAUUAUCUCCUCUUUUUCUUCAGCUUCAGUUAAUUAGUCCGGUGUGAAUUUAUUUUUCACAAUUCGCGGUUUAUUCCCUUUACGGAAAAAGAAAGCGAGCGCGGGCCACUAGUUACGAAAUAAAAUUUAGACUUUCUUGUGGGUCGUUUAUUGUAAACAUCAGUCACCAACAUUUAUAAGGCAUUUGUUAAGGGUUAUUAUAAUAAACGUUUUGUUGGCGUACAAAUAUACAAUACAAUUGUACCAUAUACAUUCUUCUUUGUACUAUACAUACAGCAUCCCAUAAAAAAAUACUCUUUCUCAAAAAUAAUAUAAUGUGAUGUGCUUCGUGAUAGUUAAAUUAUUCUGCCCAUGUCGAUUUAUUCGAUUGGAUAUAUUACACUUAUUUCUGUUAAUAUUUAUUGAACAUGCCCACAAUGUCUCAGUUCUUAUACUACCUUAAAAUAGAACAUGAACAUGAAAAUGGCUCGGAUUAGUGGUAUGUAUACUCCACAAUAAAAGUACUUACGUCAAUUCAUUGCAAUACUCUUAAUAACUACGAGAUUCUAAAACCUGGACGUAAAUAUUAAAUUCGCGAGUGUUAAUCGUUGAACCCUUCUUCACUCAGGCAUAACUAUUUAAUUAACAUGUAAUUACGUGAAAGAUACAUAUUCCAUAUUUGUCGGUUCACUGUUUUUUUUCCAUUUCCAUGUAAUUGAAAUGUUUAUUGGGUAUCAAUAUCAUGAUUAUUUUCAAGGGAUAGCGUGUUCUUUUGAAAUUGGCGUCAAUAAUUAACACUAGUGAUUUAUAACAAAUUACAAUACUCUCUAUUUAAGUUUGUUCAUUGUAUAAGUAGUUUACCUUUUUUUUCGCAAAAGCGUGUUUGCCAAUUAGAGUAUACCGACAAGUUGUAUAGUAGUCCGGGCAAAUCGUAAUGUUUCGUCGAAAACGUGGUAACUAACUAAUCUAACUUGUAACAAACUUAAAGAGCUAAUAUUGCAAUACCUUAAUGUAUUUAAAAUUUUAUUGUCAGGUAAUGACAAAGGUAGAUUAAUAUUAAUUUAGUAUAAAAAUAAUUUGCCUGUUCCAAUAUUGUCUUUGAUUGCAGCUGUGUGCCAAAAUUAGAUAAACGGAUUAACCCCAAGUUGGUAAGUCUUUUGAACAAUUUUUUAUAUAGAAAUACAUACAAAACAACUAUUACUGGAGUACAAAUGCUCGUUUUCAUCACACAUACAUCUGCCCCCACCGGAAUUCAAACCCGGGAACAACGGCGACACCUUGAAACCCGGCGUACAAACCACUCGGCUACGGAGGUCGCCAAUAUUAAAGUUGAUACUCCUUAACAUGGGUAGAAAAUUGACACAAUUAAGCAAUCAAAGGCGUAGAAAUUGCUUUCUUCUAAGAAUAGUACCUUUGCUGUAAGAACGUACAGACACUGCAGUUGCACAACACUGCGCGACAUAAUAAUGCUAAAUAAUAAGAUAAUAUACAAUAUUGAAACAGAUCCGCGACAUCUUAAAGUAAAACAGUGAUUAAAGCUAUAUUUAAAAGCUAAAGAUCAACUUACUUGUAAUAAAUUACACAAAAUAAAAGAUAUAAUUAUCUUCAACAUAUUGAUACUGAAAUAUAUAGUAAAAAGUAUAAAAGAAAGACAUAGUUUAAAAUAUAAACGCGGCUGGAUAAUAAUCACAACCUAGACGUAGAAAAUGCAUUCAUAUCAUGAUAACAAUAAGAAGUGUAAAACACUGUAAAUAAUAUCAUAAUUAAUUAUGGAAUAUAAAAAAGCUGUCUUUAAAGAUAUGUUUGUGUCUGGUUAAUAUCACGACAAUUGCAAAUAAACAGCGAUCACUAAAAAUAUCAGAGAUUCUAUGGUUAAAGUAUGAGUAUUGCUAGCGGUACCUCUGAC